CUCUCUCUCUCUCUCUCUCUCUCUCUCUCUGCUCAAUGUUAUCGAUAAAGCGCUGAAAUUAUAUAACUGGACGCUCUAACUCGUCCAUACGCUCGUAUGCGGACACUGCCGGGCUAUAUGAGCUCACAGCUCGGUCUCCGUCAGUUGGGCCUUCGCGUUUCUCCCGCUGCAGAACCGGACGUCGAACAAACGCAGCGAGGGUUUGAUGAUCGGCAGUAAUGGCGAGCGGACGCCGCGCUGCCAGUGGCCUGUGCGCGUUAUGUAACGGCGCCGGCUGCUCGAAUCGCUGUGGCCCGGAGGAGCGAUACAGGCUGCAGGACGGAAGAUGCCACAAGCACGUAGCUCAUCCCUCCGUGUCCUCCUCCACUGCUUCUCUCCCAGGUUCUGUGUCUGCUGUGAGGCCAAAAGCCACGACACACGCUUAGAAGCGCCGUUAUCAGCCCAGCACAGCGAACGCGAGCCCGUCCUUGUGUUGUUCGUGCUGGUGAAGCAGCGACAGCCACCAGGAGGAAGUUCCGUUUUUCGCCUCAGUUCAAAGCAGCAGGUUUUCUGAUCAGGUUUAUAAGCUGGGAGGCGAAUUUCAGAACCUGCUUUUUAUCGUUUGGUGCCGGUUGUUCAGCUAAUAUCAGAUAAAGGGACACUCCGGCCAAAAUGAAAAAUCUAAUGAUUGCUUCGUCUUCUACAGUGGUGCCGCGGCUGUUUCUGGGUGGAGAUUUUCCCGUUUAAAAACUGGGAAAAACACCUGUAUUCAUGAAUCUCUAAGGUGGGAGGAACUUUUGAAACACUACAGCAGGUGUGGGGCGCUUCUGUAAGACCAAGACGACACAAAGAUCCAUGUGAACUAAAUGACAGUCCAUCCAACCCAGAACCAUCAAAUUCAGCGGUCCAGUCAGCAGUAACGACAAGUGCCCUUUCCGAAAUCCCUAAUCCGUCCGUUUCAGCUCACCCAGUGACAUAAAUGAGUGACCCAGCAGGAGAGGUCAGGGCUGGGGUGCACACCAGAACCCACACAGAAUGUCCUGGUUCAACGGCUUCCUAGUAGCCAGAGUGGACGACCGCAAGACUGCGUGGGGCGAGCGCAAUGGCAAGAAGUCCAAGCGCAAGGGUGGCUCAUCGCUCUGCAACCCGCGCUACAUGAGCUGCCUGCGGGACGCAGAGGCCAUGGAGCCCCCUCCGCAGCCGGCCCACCUGCAGCCCCAGUGGGCCAUGGCUGGAAGCGGAGGAGGAGGUGGCAACUUCGGCAUGCGCUGCGGUUGGCAGGAGGACCACUACGGGAAGCGGGGGGGUGGGGGAGAGAGUGUGGGGCUCAAAUCUGUGGACCUGGGCUUCGAAGACGGUGAUGCUAAAGGCCAGAAAGGCGAGGGUCUGGGGCGCAACAGCUCAGCGGACGACCUCGCCGGUGGCGGCUCGCUGACGGCAACUGACUGCUGGCAGCGUGUUGUUCGCGUCUUCCAGUCCAAGAAAUUCCAGUCGCACAAGCUGGAGCGCCUCUACCAGCGCUAUUUCUUCAGACUCAACCAGAGCUCGCUGACCAUGCUGAUGGGUGUGCUGGUCAUCGUUUGUGGCGUCAUGCUCACCUUUCACUGUGUACAUGCGCCACCUGACGUCGCCUACGCCUCAGUGCUCUCUGUGGCCAUGGCCCUCUUCCUGGCCCUCAUGGUGGUCUGCAACCGCAACGGCUUCCACCAGGACUACAUGUGGAUGGUCAGCUACUUGGUGAUCGGAGUGCUGAUCGCCGUGCAGGUCUUCGGGGUGCUGAUGGUGGCCCCCCGGAGUGCCUCCGAAGGCAUCUGGUGGUCCGUCUUCUUCAUCUACAUCAUCUACACGCUGCUGCCAGUGCGCAUGCGGGCGGCUGUGCUGAGCGGAGGGGUGCUUUCUUGCAUACAUCUCCUCACGACAUGGAGGAUCAACCAGGAGGAUGAGUUCCUCUGGAAACAGCUAAGUGCGAACGUGCUGAUCUUCCUGUGCACCAACAUCAUUGGGAUCUGCACACACUACCCGGCAGAGGUCUCCCAGAGACAGGCCUUCCAGGAGACGCGAGGCUACAUUCAGGCCAGGCUUCACCUGCAGAGGGAGAACCAGCAGCAGGAACGCCUGUUGCUGUCUGUGUUGCCAAGGCAUGUUGCCAUGGAGAUGAAGGCUGACAUCAACGCUAAGAAAGAAGACAUGAUGUUCCACAAGAUCUACAUCCAGAAGCACGACAACGUCAGUAUUCUGUUCGCAGACAUUGAGGGUUUCACCAGCCUGGCGUCUCAGUGCACAGCUCAGGAGCUGGUGAUGACUCUAAAUGAAUUGUUUGCCCGUUUUGACAAAUUAGCCUCGGAAAACCACUGCUUGCGGAUUAAGAUCCUGGGGGACUGCUACUACUGUGUGUCUGGCCUGCCAGAGCCCAGAGCGGACCAUGCUCACUGCUGUGUUGAGAUGGGAGUGGACAUGAUCGAGGCCAUCUCGCUUGUGCGAGAGGUUACAGGGGUGAAUGUAAACAUGCGGGUGGGCAUCCACAGCGGCCGUGUGCACUGCGGAGUUCUGGGACUGAGGAAGUGGCAGUUUGACGUGUGGUCUAAUGACGUCACCCUGGCCAAUCACAUGGAGGCUGGAGGAAAAGCAGGGAGGAUCCACAUUACCAAAGCUACCCUGCAGUACCUGAAUGGGGACUACGAGGUGGAGCCAGGUUUUGGAGGGGAGCGAAACGCCUACCUUAAAGAGAACAGUAUCGAGACGUUCCUGGUGCUGGGCUGCAGUCAGAAACGGAAAGAGGAGAAGGCGAUGAUGGCAAAAAUGCAGCGUGCACGUGCAAACUCCAACGAGGCCCUGAUGCCUCGCUGGGUGCCUGACCGAUCCUUCUCCAGGACCAAGGACUCCAAAGUCUUCCGACAGAUGGGUAUUGAUGAAACGUCCAGUAAAGACAACCGUGGCGCACAGGAGACCAUGAACCCGGAGGAUGAGGUUGACGAGUUUUUGGGCCGAGCCAUUGACGCGCGGAGUAUCGACCAGCUGCGUAAGGAUCACGUGAAGAAAUUCCUUCUCACCUUCCAGACCUCCAGCCUGGAGAAAAAGUAUGCGAAGAAGGUGGACGAUCGCUUUGGAGGUUAUGUGGCCUGUACGCUGCUGGUCUUUUGUUUCAUCUCCUUCAUUCAGAUUGUCAUCUUCCCUCAUACGCCAGUUAUGUUGGGUAUUUACAUCAGUAUCUUCAUCAUCCUCGCCAACAUCCUCUUCAUCUGUGCCAUUUACUCUUGUGUAAAGCUCUUCCCUGCUGCCAUGCAAACUGUGUCCAAGAAGAUUGUUCAGUCUCGCACCAACAGCACCCUGGUGGGCGUCUUCACCAUCAUCCUUGUCUUCAUCUCUGCCUUUGUCAAUAUGUUUGCAUGUGACACAGAGAAGCUUGUGGACUGUGUAGCUACUCAGCUGAACUCCUCAACAGACAUGGUGACUCCCUGUAUUAUCUACAACCUCUCUCGCUCUGCUGAAGAUGGCCUGGACAUUUGCCCCAGUGACACACCCUCAUGCCCCUUCCCCGAAUAUUUCAGCUACAGUGUGCUCCUGACCCUGCUGGCCUGCUCAGUGUUCCUGCAGAUCAGUAGUAUAGGAAAGCUGGCUCUCAUGCUGCUUAUCCAACUCACCUACCUGCUGCUCGUGGAGUGGCCAGAGGUGGCGCUGUUUGACAACGCUGACCUCUUCGUCACCUCCAAUGCCCUAAUUUUCAAUGAAACUGAGGGGUUGAAUCUCAAUGAAACUACCAACCAGUGUCCUUACAGUGUGACCAAAGUGUCCCUAAAGGUCAUGACCCCAGUGAUCCUCACAGUGUUUGUGCUGGCGCUGUAUCUCCAUGCCCAGCAGGUGGAGUCCACAGCGCGUCUCGACUUUCUCUGGAAGCUCCAGGCCACAGAGGAGAAAGAGGAAAUGGAGGAGUUGCAGGCAUAUAACCGCCGCCUCCUCCAUAACAUCCUGCCCAAAGACGUGGCAGCCCACUUUCUGGCCCGCGAACGCAGGAACGACGAGCUCUACUACCAGUCGUGCGAGUGUGUGGCUGUCAUGUUUGCCUCCAUCAGCAACUUCUCUGAGUUCUAUGUGGAGCUUGAGGCCAACAACGAAGGCGUGGAGUGCCUGAGACUUCUCAAUGAAAUUAUUGCUGACUUUGAUGAGAUCAUCAGUGAAGAGAAAUACAGGCAGCUGGAAAAGAUUAAGACCAUAGGCAGCACCUACAUGGCAGCUUCAGGCCUGAACGAUUCCACCUAUGACAAAGAGGGCCGCACUCAUAUCACAGCGCUUGCGGACUACGCCAUGAGGCUCCGCGAGCAGAUGAAAUACAUUAACGAGCACUCCUUCAACAACUUCCAGAUGAAGAUUGGACUAAACAUUGGGCCAGUAGUAGCUGGGGUUAUUGGAGCCAGGAAGCCCCAGUACGACAUCUGGGGAAACACAGUAAAUGUGGCCAGUCGCAUGGACAGCACGGGGGUACCAGAUCGCAUUCAGGUAACCACGGACCUGCACCAAGUGUUAGCAAGCAAAGGGUACCAGUUGGAGUGCCGUGGCGUCAUAAAAGUCAAAGGCAAGGGGGAGAUGACCACAUACUUCCUGAAUGAUGGACCGCCCAGCAGUUAGCAGCGUGUUAGCAUUCCUCUGAAUCCCAUACGUCUCCAGAAACAUCGUGGAGGAAGGUUGCGCAAGACAAACUGAAGUCAAACAAGUAGCCAUGUCAUCACUUGAAGGAAAAAAAUUGCAUACGUACAAAAAUAUGAACAGAAAGAAAAUAUAAACUCCGGGAUAGGGAGUUGUCAUGCAGCAGUGACAUGUUUGGCUGUACACUCUGAAGGACGAUUGUUUCUGUCUUUAAGCCUCUUUCUCAGGCUACUUGAAAGAUGCAAAGUCUGUUUAUUUAACAAAGGCCUUUUGUCGCCGAAGAAAAACGCUGUACAUAAGGCAUUUUCUCCUAUUUUUUUCCUCUGUUAUUUUAUUUCAGGAGAAUAUAAAUGCAGGUACUUAUGUUUUUGUUUCAGAUUAGGUUAUUUAUUUUAAUUUUGAUGUUUUGUGCAAAAAGUCCUUUAUGAGAAACAAUGUGAAACAUGCAUACACAUCUAUACCGUACAGAAGCAUGUACGUCUGUAUAUUUGUGUGUGUACAAAUUACAGUAUGUGUAUAAAUAUCGAAGAGAAAUAUUGACCAAAGACCAAAGUAUUUAAUAGAAAAGGUUCUCAUGAAGACAACGUUUUGAAUAUUGUCUAAUGCUCUUAAGGCCUCUCCCCUUUUUUGUUCCAGUUUUGAGAGUGAAGCCCGGGAUAAUUCGAUCAACAUAAGUGACACAAAAGUCAUUUAAGUCUUGGAAUUUUAGCUUCUUGUCGAGAUGAAGGAUUGAGCGGAAUCGACCAGAAGGCCCGACUUUUAGAAUAACCGCAUUAGAUCCCAUGGAUGGAAAGUUAAAGGCGGUGUCUCAUUCUGUAUGGAACAUGAUCACGCCUGGGCUUACAACAUGUCCGCCAGAGAGACCGCAGUUUUGUUUCCUUCGUUCCAUCAGCCGUCUCUUCUUUUUCAAAGAAGUAUUUUUUGGUACAAAACAAAAUAAAAAGGAAAAAAAGUUUGUUUUGUUUUUGUUGGUUUUUGUUUUUUUGGAGGCAUUGGGGGAAAGCCACGGCAUUGGAUACCACGGUACCAGACAGUUUACUGAGUUCCAAUUCACAACAGAGAGACUUUUGCUUUUUUUUUUAAAGAGAGAGAGAGAGAGAGAAAUAUAUCUAUAAAUUAUGACUGAAUACUGUGCUUUGUAAUCUCGAAGGGGCAUAACUCUUUUCACUGUGAGGUUUCUAUGAUAUGACAAACUGCUUUUCUUGCCAAACCUAACUGCUCUAAAGCAUGUCUGAUUGUGGUAUCUUCUCGACAAAUUCUUUUCUGUUUGUUUCUCUGAAGUUUUAAUGUUGGGUAUUUUGUAUCACCUGUGUAUUCAUCAUUUUUAUUAUUCCUAUUAUGGUUGUUAUUAAUAUGCAUUUGAUUAUGAUUCCAUUCCAACUUAGGAGAAGGAACAAGGCAUGAACAAGCUGUUUGGGAUGGAUGUUUGAGUGUAUUGGUACUAAAUGGGUCAGCUGUGGUCAGUGAUGUAGGGUCAGCUGAACAGUAUUUGCUUUGUUUAUUCCUCGAAUGCCCUUUUGAAAAAAGUCAUUCUAUGAGGAUGAGAUUUGUCAGUCAUGCAAGAAACGUGAGUUUGGUGUUCCUUAUUCUGUCUGUAGGAUUGCAGAAUUAUGUCGCUGUCGUAACAAAACCAUUUAUCUCUGAAACGGAAACUUUGGAGGCGAAGGAAAAAAAAGGUUUGUAACUUUUAAUGUAUGUUAAUGUAACAAGAGUUUAUUCAGAGUUACUUUUCUGUUUGUUCAUUCAUAAUGAAGUGUUCACACAAUUUAAAGGGCAGCUGGUGUUUUCAAAUUGUGUAGAAAAUAUAGAAAUUCCGAAGGUUUUGAUACGACAGCGAUGACAUGUAAAUGAAAGGCUUCAUGCCUUUGCAGGCCAGUUGGCAGCUGCGCCAUCCAACUGAUCUAACAGACGUGAAAAACCCUCCACUGCAUGUGUGCAGUACGCAGUAGAGUGCAGUUGCCUUAAUUGAACAAAACUUAAGUGUAUAUUAACAGUGCCUCUCUGUCUCAUGUGGUCCACAUUACAAAAAACAUCUGAGGCUCCUGAACAGUCCUCGUAGCUUCAUCAUUGAAAAUGUCAUUUCCAUCAUUCCGACUACUUAUUUCCAGAUAUUAACUUGCAUGGUAACAGCCCAAGCCGUGUCUUUCUCCUGCUGAGUAUUCCUUACUUGCUUAAAAAAUUGCCAUGGUAGUAGCACUGGUUCAUUGCAUAUGUCAGUUGAUCACAUUUGUAACCAAAAGCAGUUGCAGUUUUUUUUCCUUUGAUUUGGUCCCUCCAGUUUAUGUAAUGAAGGAGUCAAGGAUGCAGGAUGAAGGCUCAAUGGGAGGGAAAGGGCAUAGUGUUGGAUCAGUUGUGGGCAGGUAAAAUGUAUUUUAAAGAAGUAUUUUAGUACUACUGACUCUCACACUGGGGCCUGUGUGAUCAGGCUGAACGACUCCUGAUCGCUCCUUUUAUUUCUGUACACUUUAGUUUGAUUUUCUGUUUUCUUUUAGUCAAAAGACUAGAGAAGGGACUAGCUUUUCAACAUGCAAUGGAAAGAUAAAUAUAGAAAUAACUUUUCCCCUCCUACAAAAUAAAGAAUAAUGUCUGUUUCGAUUGUUUU